AUGGCAGCUGCAACAGCUGGUGCUGUGUUAAAUGGGUUGGGGUCUUCCUUUUUGAGUGGAGGAAACAGGAGCCAAACCCUUCUGGCCACUGCUAUUGGAGGCAAAGUUGGUGUUGCUGUGAGUCCUAGAAGACUCAUUGUGGUAGCUGCUGCAGUACCAAAGAAGUCAUGGCUCCCUGGUGUUAGAGGUGGUGGCAAUUUCGUCGACCCAGAAUGGCUUGAUGGAUCGCUACCAGGUGACUAUGGUUUUGACCCACUAGGCCUUGGGAAGGACCCGGCAUUCCUCAAAUGGUACAGAGAAGCUGAGCUGAUUCAUGGGAGGUGGGCAAUGGCUGCAGUAGUCGGAAUCUUUGUGGGGCAGGCCUGGAGUGGAGUGCCAUGGUUUGAGGCUGGAGCUGACCCCAAUGCAAUUGCCCCUUUCUCUUUUGGUUCUCUUCUAGGAACCCAGUUGCUUCUCAUGGGAUGGGUUGAGAGCAAGAGAUGGGUGGAUUUCUUCAACCCAGACUCACAGUCAGUGGAAUGGGCGACUCCAUGGUCAAGAACAGCUGAGAACUUUGCCAAUGCUACCGGUGAACAAGGGUACCCAGGAGGCAAAUUCUUUGACCCUUUGGGCUUGGGUGGCACUAUCAAAGAUGGAGUUUACAUCCCGGAUACCGAGAAGUUGGACAGAUUGAAAUUGGCUGAGAUUAAGCAUGCCAGGAUUGCUAUGUUGGCCAUGCUGAUUUUCUACUUUGAGGCUGGACAAGGAAAGACCCCCCUAGGCGCACUUGGCUUGUAA